UCUCUCUCUCUUUCUUUCUCUCUCUCUCUCACAGAUGAAAUAUUGAAAUAUUGUUCCUCUUUUGUUCGAUAUAUUUAUAUAAGUGAUGUAAGGAUUAUAAGAAAUCUAUAUAUUCAGUGCUUUUUUCCCCGGUGGAUAAGUUAAAGUUCCUUUACAACCUGUCCCCAUCCAUGUCUUUCCUCCCUUUUCCUCAUUUUCCCCCCACGCUCCCUCGUCCCUUCCUCCUUCAUCAUUGUGUUUUUGCAUCUUUUUUUUGUGUGACAGCUGUGCAGAAAGUUAUCUGAGGUAUUUAAUUGCACAAAGAUUGCAAAUGUCUACUGUAAAUUCAUUCUGUUCUUUUUUGUUUGUUUUUAAAAAUAUAAAAGAAGACAAAAAAAUCCCUUUGUGUGUGUUUUUUAAAGGGGAACUGAAGAGGAGUUUGUAGAGGAAGAGCAAUGAGUUGCAAAUGCAUAAUGAUUUAUAAUAACUCAGGUCAUAUUACUGAUGAAUAUUUAAAAAAAAAAAAAAAAAAGCAACUGAAAACCCCUUCAAAUUAAAGAGAUGAAAUGAAUACUGGAAUCAGACUGGCCAGAAGAUGCUCUGACAGUAGUGUAAUUCAAAUCACAGGUUUAUAUUAAUGCACUUGUUCUAAAACAUUUUUUUUUUUAUAUAGUAACAGCUCAUUCAAAGGAACUUGUAUGGCAGACAAUCCUCCUAAUCUAACAAUAAUAAUACACCGAUAAUGAAUGUGUAUGGUCAUUGAUAUAGUGAGAUUUCUGUAAGGAGACUCCAGUAUCAGAGUCUCAAAGUAAGAGAAAAAAGAUUGAUAGAAACAAGUCUGGUGAAAGAAUAACUGUAUAGCUGCUAUCCACUGAUAACAGAACCUAACGACAAUAAAGGUAAAUAUAAACAGUUAAAAUGUAUGUGUUUAUUAAUAAAUAAAAACAUUGUUAUCAUAGGCAAAUUGUUAUGAAGAAUACAACACCUUUAGUUGAUAAAGCAUUACAUUACCCCACAUAAUGCACAUAUUCCAACACUUGGUUUACAUGGACUUGAAUAAUGUCAAGUGUGUUAUUAUCAUCUGCUUAAAGUCCUAUUCAGAAGGGACUAUCAAUUGGAGGAUUUGAAAGAAUUGUCCAUUUGGCUUGUUCAUUUCUUUCAGUGGGGUGUAAACUCCUGACAGGUGCAGCUGUUUCAAAUACUGUUUGUGGUCCACACAUGUUGACUCACACUUCCAAGGGGACUGGUGCAUUACUCCCAGAAUUCCCCACCUGUUGGGACGGGUGAGGGGUUUGGGUUCAGCUCUGAAGGCCACUCACUUCCCUAAAUCCCAGCCAGUUUGCAACCAAAUCAGCACAUAUUGACUAAGCGCCCCCUGCUGGUUGUACAGAAGCAGCUCUGCUUUCAGACAUGUCCCACUUUGACCAAUUGGAUGACAAGGACUCCCUGGACCUCCAUGACAAUCCUCCUGUUCCUGACAACAUCGUGAAGGAGGAUAACAACACAGUCUACUUUAUCUACGAUGAAGAGAUAGAGGAAGAAGAGAAAGAGAAGCCUCCCCCUCCUGAACCAGUUAAACCCAUCAAUGAUAAACCACACAAGUUUAAAGAUCACUAUUGCAAGAAGCUCAAAUUCUGUGAUGUGUGCGCACGCAUGAUUGUUCUUAACAAUAAAUUUGCACUGAGGUGUAAAAACUGCAAGACCAAUAUUCAUCAUCAGUGUCAGAGCUAUGUCGAGUUCCAGCAGUGCUUUGGGAAAAUUCCUCCAGGUUUUAGACGGGCCUACAGCUCUCCUCUCUACAGCAGUCAGCAGAAUGCCACUGUUAAAGAGCUGCUUCCGUUCUCACAGUCUAACCGCACUGACCCGGUCUUUGAGACGCUGCGUAUCGGGGUUAUCAUGGCAAACAAGGAAAGGAAGAAAAGAUCAGAAGAUCAGAAGAAAAAUAUGAUGAUGAUAAUGGAAGAAGAGGAAUCCCAACCUAAAGCUGAGGAAGGGGAAGGAGAGAACCGGAGCCAAGAGAUGGAAAAGAAGGACAAAACCACAGAUGAUAAGAUGAAGAAGCCUCAGCCGGGAAAACUUGGAGUCUUCUCUCAGUCACAAUACUACUUGGCCCUGUAUUGUUUUAAAGCCAUUGAAAAAGAUGACUUGGACCUGCAUCCUGGGGAUCAUGUUACAGUGAUAGAUGAUUCCAAUGAGGAGUGGUGGCGAGGUAGAAUUGGAGAGAAAUCCGGAUUCUUCCCGGCAAACUACAUCAUCCGUGUGCGCUCAGGGGAGAGUGUGUACAAGGUGACACGCUCCUUUGUGGGGAAUCGCGAGAUGGGCCAAAUCACACUGAAAAAAGACCAGAUUGUAGUGAAGAAGGGAGAGGAGGUCAAUGGCUAUAUGAAGGUCAGCACUGGGCGCAAGCUGGGCUUUUUCCCUGCAGACAUUCUUCAGGAGAUCUGAGUGUGUGUAUGUAUGUGUGUGUACUGUAUAUAUAUAUGUGUGUGUGUGUGUGAGACAGUAUACCUGUAUCUGCUUCUCUCAGUGAGUAGUAUAAUUCUCUUCAGUGAUGGUGCUGCAUGUUUGCUUGCUUUGGGAUGUGGCUAACAUGGGUUGAAAGGUAAUAAAGCUGAUUAAGCUUCAUUUGAUUGUUUUUUUAUUCAAGUAGUCACUUCUUCUAAUGUCAGCAAUUUUAUCAACAGAUAAAGACAUUAAAAGUAAAUGUGCGUGUGUGUGUGUGUGUGUGUUAAGGGGUCAGGUAAAUGCCAUGGUCAGUGUAAAACAAUACAGAAAGUGCUGUAGUGGUUUUGUCAAAAAUUGCUUAUUACAGUACAUGAAGAGAUUUUCACAAUACACAGUGUGCGGGAUGGGGGUGCAGUGGAUAGCAAUUCUGCCUCCCAGCUCCAUGGUUCCUGAUUUGAUCCUGAUCUUGGGUUACUUUCUGUGUUCAUGUUCUUCUUCCCACUGUCUAAAACAUGGCAGGUGGUUUGGUUAUGUUAAACUGCCUUUAGGUGUGAAUGAGUGUGUGUGUGUGAGUGUGUGUGUGAGUGUGUGUGUGAGUGUGUGUGUGAGUGUGUGUGUGAGUGCGCGCCGAGCCGAGAUAGACUGGAAUCCCAUUCAGGGUGCAUUCAGGCGUCACGCCCAAUGUUCUUGGGAUAGGCUCUGGUUCCACCACGACCCUGACCAUGAAUAAAGUGGUUACUGAAGAUGAAUGAUGACAGUGUGCAUCACACUAUUUAUGCUUGCUAAUACAGCAUCAGCAAAACAAUAGUGCCAUGGUUACCAAUAGUGCUAUGUUCACUGAGUUUUAUUUAAUGAGUUUGGAUGUAAAAUUUGGGGAUUAAGAGUUUAUAAUCCCUCUCUGGUAGAAAAAUGCUAUUGGAUUUACGUUUAUCUCAUUUGGCUGACGUUUUUAUUCAAAGUGAAUUACAACUGAGGGUUAAGGGCCUUGAUCAGCAGUGGCAGCUUGGUGAUGCUGGGAUUUGAACUCAAGACCUUUCGCUCAUUAACCUAGUGCCAUUCAGCCACAACAGUAUUAAUGAGGUCAGGUGCUGAAGUUGGGUGAAAAGGCCUGGGGCACAUCAGCAAUUCCACUUCAUCCCAGUGGCGUUCAGUGGGGUUGAGGUCAUUGCACACCACUUGAGUUCUUCUACACCAACCUUGGCAAAUCAUGUCUUCAUGCACCUCGUUUUGUGCACAGGGGCAUUGUCAUGCUGGAAUAGGUUUGGGCCCCUAGUUUCACUGAAGGGAAAUUGUAAUGCUGCAGCAUACAAAGACAUUCUAUACAAUUCUGGAGAAGAACCACAUGUGUGUGAUGUCAUCAUUUCAACAGUAUUACGGACAUGUAAUAAAAAUGUCUUUUUGUCUUUUACCUAACAUUAGUUGUGUGAGCUCCAUCUUAGAUCCUGUCUGUGUGUCAUACCUGAUCACUGAUGCCAUGGUGUAGGUGUGCUCAUUAGCCAAAUACAGAACACAUCACAGGUAUAUAGUUUUGAGCUACCUGUCUAAAUCUCAAGUUCUUGUUGAAGAGGAAAGACAGAGUAGAGAACAGAACUC